AUGUGGGCGAAUAGAUUAUCAUCUGAACAAGUUAAUGGUACCAUUACGAUUGCUUCUUUUAGCAAUGACAAAUCGCUGCAUCCUUGUACUUUAAAUUCGGUUCCUAUAAAUACUAUCAUACUAUUGGUACCAUUUAAUGAAGGAUUGAGUUAUGGAUGUUCAUCUUAUUCUGACGUCAUUGAAAGUGCUACUGUAACUUCGCAACUACUAUCUACAACUUAUCAUCGUUCCACCUCGGAAUAUUAUUCCAUGGUGACACAUGGACCUAGCACGACAGAUUUUCCCACUGACAGCAGACCUACACCUACCAUGGCACGUAAUUCUGGUACCAUAACAACGAUGGAUAUAUCAUUUGAAACGAAUCCACCGGAUCAUCGAAACCUGAAAUUGAAUCAACGCGCGAUCAUGAAUCAUAUAAAUUCACGUGAUACAACAAAUGAUAGUUCGACAGGAAUAGAAGUAUUGAUAUUUACUUCAAUGAAUGAUGGAGAUCCGGGCAUUAAGGAAAAGUAUACUGGAAGUUUACAGAUACUUUCUAAAACUGCACCUGCCCUGACCUUGAUGAAAAUUGAAGACAUGGCAAAUGUUCAAGACCUCUUGAAUCAAACUUCAUAUGCAAUAGUUACGCAAGAGAAUUCACGAAAUACUUCAAGAUCUUCAUCUAAUGGUGGAGGAAAUGGUGGAGAAACAAGUACACGAAAUGAGCGUCGAAAACGAAAUACAAUAGAAAUUCUAUUUGGAAGGAAAAGUUUCGUGGGAUUGUGA